UGUAUCACGGAGGCGCUCCGCACUGCUAAAGCUAACUCUCUUUCCUCUGCUCUCAUCCUUCUAGACCUAUCGGCUGCCUUCGAUACUGUGAACCAUCAGAUCCUCCUCUCCACCCUCUCCGAGUUGGGCAUCUCCGGCGCGGCCCACGCUUGGAUUGCGUCCUACCUGACAGGUCGCUCCUACCAGGUGGCGAAUCGCAUCUCUGCAUGUCUGGCAGACAUAUCACUGUGGAUGACGGAUCACCACCUCAAGCUGAACCUCGGCAAGACGGAGCUGCUCUUCCUCCCGGGGAAGGACUGCCCGUUCCAUGAUCUCGCCAUCACGGUUGACAACUCCAUUGUGUCCUCCUCCCAGAGCGCUAAGAACCUUGGCGUGAUCCUGGACAACACCCUGUCGUUCUCAACUAACAUCAAGGCGGUGGCCCGUUCCUGUAGGUUCAUGCUCUACAACAUCCGCAGAGUACGACCCUGCCUCACACAGGAAGCGGCGCAGGUCCUAAUCCAGGCACUUGUCAUCUCCCGUCUGGAUUACUGCAACUCGCUGUUGGCUGGGCUCCCUGCCUGUGCCAUCAAACCCCUACAACUCAUCCAGAACGCCGCAGCCCGUCUGGUGUUCAACCUUCCCAAGUUCUCUCACGUCACCCCGCUCCUCCGCUCUCUCCACUGGCUUCCAGUUGAAGCUCGCAUCCGCUACAAGACCAUGGUGCUUGCCUACGGAGCUGUGAGGGGAACGGCACCUCAGUACCUUCAGGCUCUGAUCAGGCCCUACACCCAAACAAGGGCACUCCAGAAACUCAAACAGGAAGUACCCGUGCUAAGGACUUCAACGUUGGUCAACGUUGCUGAGGCACUAUUUCAGCAGGUCUUCCGGCAUUAUGGCCUUCCGGAGAACAUAAUCUCAGACUGUGGCCCCCAAUCCACAUCACGGGUAUGGAGAGCCUUUAUGGAGAAGCUCGGGGUCACGCCGGCCCUGGCUCCGUGGACCCCAGGCCAGACCGAAGCUCCUGCGAUUGGUGAGUGGUUCAGGCAUGCAGAAGAAGUGUGGAGUGAUGCUCACAAUAAAGACGUAACGGGAGCCGUUACAGGCUCUCAUGCCUCAGCCAGAUCGCCAGGCUCCCCUGCCGGAUCGUCGGGCUUUCAUGCCUCUGCCGGAUCGCCUGGCUUCCCUGCCUCAACCGGCUCGUCGGGCUUUCAUGUCUUUGCCGGAUUGUCAGGCUCCCCUGCUUCCACCAGCUCGUCAGGCUCUCAUGCCUCAGCCGGUCUGUCAGGUUCCAUGGGUGACCGGUCCGCCCCCUGCAGCUUUGGGGUCUGUGUUAUCGAAGAGUAA